UGGGUUCCAGGCAGCGGGGGAUGUAGGUGCUCAACCAGCCGACUCUGAGAUGGGGAGGGUCCCCUGGGUUCUCCGGGCCCAGUGCAGCCGCGGAAGAGGGAGGCACCAGGAAGGCCCUGGACGUGGCUGGCUGUGAAGUUGGCAGGAUGGGUCCUCUGGAACCUGGAAACGGCAGGAAAACAGAUUCCCCCCAACCCAGAGGCCCCAGAGAGGGGCACAGCCCUGCUGACCCCCAAUGAGACUCACUUCAGACCACUGACCUCCAGAACCGUGAGACAGUAACCUUGCACGAAGUCACCGAGUCCUGGUAAUUCCUGCGGCGGCAGCAGGACACUGGUCCGGGGCGCGUGCGGCUCUGACUUUGCUAGGAGAUGCCAAACCCUCUUCACAGCCCUGCCCCGGUCUCCUCUCCUGCCCUUGGUGUGUGGCCGGCCGACCCUGCUGCAUCAUGGCCCGCCUGCACUCGGAGGAUCGGACUUGUGUCACCGUGUGACGCCUGCGUGAUACCAGUUUAUUGUGGCGGAUGUGCAUUUCCCUAAUUACAAAUGAGGCUGGGCAACUUUUUUGGGUUUAUUACCAAGACAUAGUUCACCAUGCAACCAGGACCCUGUUUAGAGUUAAAGGGAACACUGUCGAUAACGCCAGGAAAACAGGCCCGAGUCAGGGUGUGCUGACAGGGCACGUGUGGCGGCCCUGCUCACUGCACACGGACCGUCCUUGACGGUGACCAGCCCGCUUGAGUCCCACCACGUGGCUGUCUGUCAGGCUGUCCGUCUUCUUUAUUGGUUUGUGGGCAUUCCUUAUGUGUCUGGAAGGUGAUCUUAGGAAAUUUGGGAAACACAUUUUGGGAAAUGCGUUACAUUUAUCUUCUAAUUUGUAGCUUUUCUUUAACUCUCCUUAGGGUUCCCCUGAAUGACAGUUUUCAGUUUAAAUGUAUGUGACUGCCAGCUUCUCCGCUUGGGGCUUCAUGGUCUUGGUGUCUCAUUUCAGAAACCCUGAAGUCAUGGUGCCCCCUUCUCUGCAGUAGUUUUGUCCUCACUUGUGAGUCUUUUGUCCUCGUGGGACUGACUUCCGGGGCGGGUGCCCCACCUCUUGGCAUGAUGAUGGAGAUGUGCGUUCCUUGCCCAGUGCUGGCACACGUGCACACGCACACACACAUGCACACACACACAUGCACAGCCCUGUCGGAUUUUGGUGGGGGCUUUAGUGAAUCUUUGGAGCAAUUUGGAGAGAACUGGCAUCUUGGCAACAUGGAGUCUCCAGUACUUAAACAUGCACCUCUCCAUUUAUUUACUUAUAUUGGCUUUAUUCCUUUUUUGGACUUUUAUUAUGGACAAUUUCAAACUCACGAAAGUAGGGAAAUGGUCAGACGGAUGCGCAGGCACCCGCCACCCCCUCGCUAGCUCCUUCUAGUUCUCAGCUGAUGCGUUUUGGAGAAAACCCAGGUGUCACAUUUCACCUGUGAACACGGUAGUGUACAGUUCUAACAGGUAGUGGCUUGUUUUCAGCAGAACCAUGAAACCGCUAGCAACCCCAACAAAACUAACAUUAAUUUUGUAAUAAAACCUAACACCAGGUGGUGUUCACUUUCCCAUAUUAUCUCAGAAGUGCCUUUUACAGCCUCUUGCGUGACCCCGGAUCCAGACAAGGACUCCCCCGCCCUCCUCGCCGGUGGUUGGCUUGUCUCUUAAGGCUUUAAAAUUUAAGACUGCCCUUCCCCCUCCCUUUCUCCCCCGUGACAGCCAUUGGUUGAAGAAGCUGGUCCAUCUGCUGCGUUUCCUUUUUACUUAGGUGCCGUGUGCCGUCACCGAGCAGGGCUCCCGCAAUCUCCCGUCAGGCAGGGGUCCCUUAGGUGCUUUGCUGUGUGCAUUCGCCGGGACCUCCGACUCGCUGAGCUGAUUUCUGCCUCCCAGGAUGGAAGAGGACGCCAGCCUGCCGCCUGAGGAGACACUUUCGGACGGCGCCCCCCUCGUGGAAGACGAACCAGAUGAACUGGAAGAGCCGGAGUUUGUGGCUGAAUCGCCCUCCGCAGAGGCCGCGGGCUGGGCUGGCCCCGGAAGCUCCAGUCCAGGCAAAGGGCACGGAGCUGGCAGGAGGAGGCAGAGACCGGCCGCCCCGGACCGAGUCCGGGCAGCACAGCGGCGACAGGAUCUGAGCCGCCUGGACAAGCUGCAGGAGGAGAAAGUCCUCUUCAUUCAGAAGACGCGAGAGGAGCUGCGUGCCAGCCGCCAGAGGAUGGACCUCGUGGCCAAGCAGCAGGAGAGCGUGGCAGCCAAGGUGGCCGCGGAGAGAGAGGCCAACAACAUGGCAGCCGUGGGCCGCCUGGAGGCAGCGUCCCGACGCCUGCGCUUGGAGCUGGAGGAGGAGAGAGACCUGCAGUCCAGAGUCACGGCCGUGCUUCAGGAGAGCGAGAGGGCCAUGUGGCACAUGGAAAUCCGGGAGGGGCAGCUGGAGGGUGUUCGGAAGUCAGCCCAAGAGGAGGCGGCGGCCGCCGAGCGGUUCCUCCAGAAGCGGGCGGCCGAGCAGCUGCGCAAGGAGGCGGAGGCCUCAGGGAAGGUGGAGAGGAACCGGCUGCUGCGGGUCCGGUAGGCACCAGGCCUCAGGCCCCGGCCCUGCCAUGCCCUCCGUCCCACCCGAGCCUGCUCCUCCUGAGCCCCAGCCAGAGCUGCUAAUGCCACCCUCUCUCACUGCCCUUCCCCCCACUCUCUGGACGCCCUGCCCUCUUCCCCGCUCCGGCCACUGCUUUGUGGCCUGUCCUCCCUGAAGCCCAGUCACUGCAGGUGCCCCAGGGCAG